GUGACGAUCAUGAGAAAGUUGCCUUGUGAUGGUCACGUGACAAAAUAGUUGCGGGAAAACCAAAACAUUACGAAACAGGAAGAUCUACUGGUAGGGAAUGUAACAGCAACGUUCCCGACUAAUGUUGAAGUUCAGUCAGCUGUACGUCCUUUUCAAGUGAAUACAAUGAAAACUCCUAAAGUUGAAGACGUCAAACGAGGUAUAUCUGUCCUUUGGGAGACUCUGCGGUGUCCAAUAUGUUUGGACUUGAUGAACAAUCCUGUAUCUACAAAGUGUGACCAUCAGUUUUGCAAGUUUUGUAUGACAAAGCUGUUGGACUGUACAAAGAGAAAGGAAGCUAAUUGUCCGAUUUGCCAGACCAAGAUCUCUAAAAGGAGUUUACAGGAGAGUCCUGGUUUUCAGAGACUCAUCGAGGGAUUGCAGAAUAUGAUUCAGGCCUUUGAACAUGACAGCAGCACAAACUACUUCACUGGGAUGUGUCAGCAAAGUAGACAAACUUGUGUCACAGGGGUUGAGUCAAAGACAAAUCUCUGGAAUGGUGACAAAGUGUCAUCAGUUGACACGUCUAACACUGAUCUUACUGGGGAGAAGGAUGGAGAACAAAAGGAUCUGCCAACAUCCUUAACUUCAACUCUAGCAGCCAAGGAUGGCUUUGCAAACCUUAUGGGUCUUGAGGAUUCCUGCCCGUUCGUCUCAGACAAUGAGGGGUUUGACAGUGGACUUGGUGAGGCUCCCACAACCGAAAAAGAAAUAGACUUUAAAGUGUGUAGCUCACACACUGAGGGGCAAGAACCAGCAGGGGACACAGACGUGUCUCAUAUUGUGGAGCAAUCCACAUCCAGAAGUCGAGGGAGGAAGAGAAUCACUGAGUCUGCAAAUCCUUCUUGCCAGCUGGUUUUAAUUCCCGAAGUCGGAGAAAACCAGAACGUACGGAGAUCUUUAAGAAACCGCAAAAAAGAGACAUCGACCCCUGAAAAAGUUAUUGAUUUGAGACAGAAGAAAAGUCUUGAGAAAGUCUCAGAAUGGCUCAUAAAAAACCCCCCACUUGAAGAAAACUCAGAGGUUGAAAAUGUCACUUGUGCUUCCGAGGACUCUGCCUCAGUAGUAGGAGAUUUCUCUGCGACAGCAAUCUUUCCGGGCAACCUUGAAAUGAUGGAAGGGGGUCUUAAGAGGGAGGAGCGUAUGAAAGGCCUUGAGGAGCAGGUUUUUGGGGCAGUUUACAGACGGGAGCGAAGGGGAGUCUUGGGUUUCUCUCCUCAGAACAGAGGGGUUAGACACCCUCCAGCCUCUCAUCUUGGUGUGGAAGCCCAGGCUUCAAACACAGUCCCCAAAAGGCAGAUGAGCAGGAAUCUAAAACCCUCUGAUAUUGUCAAAAGAACUCGCUCUGAGGAGAAACACGAGGGUGUUUUUAAUGAUCAACCAGAAGAAAGAGAAAAGCAUGACAUUUUUAAAGAAAGUGAGAAACCUCACAGAAAGUCAAUUGACCUCAAUCAGGAACUGGGUUCCAGCAGCACUGACAGACUUGGAAACAGCUUAACAGAGUUGCCAGAGGAGAUCAACAAUGAGGUUGAAAGUCAACACGAAGAUGUUCCUGUGUUUGAUGUUUUGCGACAACAUGGAAAGAGAAUCUCAAGGAGAGGGAUGUCUGAUACCUGGCAGAAUGUUGAUGGUGAUUUGCAAGCCAAGACAAAGUUAGAAAUGAGUGAGAAAAAGAAAAUGGCCAAGAAGAAAUAUGAGGCAGAUAUGGGCAAGUCAGUCAAAGUCCCUAAACCCCUAGUGCUAGUUGGUGUCGUGGAGAAUGAUUGCAAUCCGAUUGAGAUCACCAAGCCUGGACCAAUAGCAGCAGAGGCAGCUGUUCACAUUGAGAAUUACCCUAGCAGUGAAGAAAUUGGAAGUCCAAACAUGAGGCAGACCAGAAGGAGUAAGAGGCUACAACACUUCACAGAGGAAGUCCAAGGCAGUCACAAGAAACCUUGCACUGGAAAAAACACGAUCCGUCGUGUCGAUAUAGGUGCAGCUGACACUGAACAUGCCUUAUCUUCACAAUCCAUCAUGGGGGAUGGAUGUGUGAUUGAUGAAGACAUGGGUGGAAUUGAAAACAUGGAUUCUAAGUAUACUGAAAUUACAAUGGAAACACCAAACAUUGUUGAGUAUGUAACUCAGGUUUCAGGGAUUCCUUGUGAAGCUAAUGCUACCUGUUCAGAGGCUACAGUACCUUGUUCAAGUUCACCUGAAACAAAUAUGCCACGCCUCAAGGCUGUUGACCACAAUAAUUCAGUAAUAGACCAAUCAAAUGAAGAGGCAUCCGCAAGUGAGGCCAGAUGUGUUGAGAUGGAGAAGGAAAAGGAGGACAUAAAUGAUAGUGAAUUGGACACCGAACAACUGGUAAAAAGCUUCAAAGCAAUCAAAAGAAAAUCGUUCCGUCUUGGUAGUCCAACAGUGAAAAAAAGUUAUCAGAAAUCAGACAUGGAUGAACAAAAUGGCACAAAAUCUAAAGAGAACAGCUUAGUAGGUAGUGGUGUAGAAAUAGAUGUUCCCAAUACCAAGGAAUGCUCUGUAGUGCCAAAACAAUUGGGAGCAAGGAUAGAACUGGAAAAUUCAUGCUGCAGUGAUUUGAUCCCCCCUUCAAAUUCACCUCACCAUAUUCUACAAAAAGCUUCAUUGAGGAGGCAUAGAGGACUGACAAAGUCUAUUGAUAAUAGACCGUCUAUAGAAGUGGAGGAAUCAUUAAACCAAAACACCAAUGUGGUGAUGCAGGAACAUUUACGAAGCCAACAUUCAGGAAAUAGUGUUAGUAGUGUUCUCAGCACCAAUACAGUUGCAAAGAGUCAACUGCCAAGUCCGCAUCCUGUAAAUUCUGGACCCCUGUUUCCAGUAUUUGGUGCCUCUGAGGAAGAUUCACCAGCCCAGACCUUUGGAUCCCCAAAGCAAUCUAGUGAGAAUCAGGAGCAACAUCAGUUGCACUGUAGUGGGAAGAAAAGUCUGGAAAGAAGCCAGAAUCCCAAAUCAGAGACCACAGUAGAGCAGCAGAAAUGCCGAGACAAUACAAAUGGUCACGUGGCCAAUUCAGAGGCCUCCUUGACUCCAGACGGCCUACUGCCUCAAAUCAGCCAAGCUGUAGAGAGCGGCAAAGGUAGUAGCGAGGCCAGUGUGUAUAUUCCAAUCAAGAGCAACCCCAAGCAGAGGAGGAGAAAAACUCAGAGACUUCAGUCUUCAGAAUCUGACUGCAGCAAUGAGGAAGACGAGCUACCUUCCCUAGCACAAAUAUUCAGACGCUCUCCUCAUCCACCUGAGGACCAGGCAUGUGCUAGUGUUGUAAAAGAAUCUUCUGGCUUGUCCAGUGGCCAAGUAAAUUACCAGAAAACCCCCACCAAGGCUGCCAGGGUUGAAGUAACCCAUGCUGCAGGCGGACUGGAAGAACCAGAUGACGUUCCUCCUGCCUGUGGCAGGUCUGAGUGGGUUAACUCAAGCCAAGCCUCAGACGAUCUCUUUGGAACACCAGAUGAAUGUUCAGUUGCUGUAAGUGAUACUGGCUUGUCAAUGGAAUCGUCACAAUUUUCGAGUGAAAUCAUUGCCACACAACAAAAGAUUGCAAUGCAGGAGGAAUUGAAGAGGCUGGAGAAGAUGAUGGCUCUUGUUUCUGAAGCCCUCCAAGAGAAGGAGACUGGUCCAAAUCCCCAAACUGACAGCCUAGCAGGUUCCCCAGGCCCAAACCUCCAUAUGAACCUGCCUUGUGGAAAAGCCAUUUGUUCCAGGGAAUGUGCCACAGACAGGGAGGAAGAGACUGUCUCGAUGCCUCAUGGCUCUGGAGCCUCUGAAGGCCUGGGGCCCACUCAGCCCAGCCCCACCAAGCAUGAGGGGACCAAAGGGAUGGGGCAGCGCUGCAGACAGUCACAGUCAGGCCGGAGUCUCAGAAGCAUUCAUGCAAAUGAGAUCCCCACUCCAGUGGGCCCAGGAGGGAAACCAGGAGAGCACACCACAAACACAUCUAACAUUUCACUAUCACAAAGUCGAGAGUCAAAGGAGAACCGUGAAGAUGCUCCCUCCAUGGAAACAAGCUCAACACACCGUCUCCAGAGCGACCAUGCCAGGGUCAGGCUGGUACUCGUGCCAUCAGGGCUUGGCGUAAAUGAACAGACAAUGCUGAAGAAGUUUGCCAAGAGAAUUGGUGGUAGUGUGUGUUCACAGGUGACAGCAGAAACUACCCACGUUAUAAUGAACACAGAUGAACACCUGGUGUGUGAGCGCACGCUGAAAUAUUUCCUGGGUAUUGCAGGAAGAAAGUGGGUGGUGAGCUUCCACUGGAUUUCUGAGUGCUUUAAACAAGAAAAACUCUUAUGUGAGACGCCGUAUGAGGUGCGAGGAGAUGUGGUUAAUGGACACAAUCAUCAGGGGCCUACGAGAUCCCGAGUCACAGGGGACAGCCACCUUCUUAUGAAGGACUAUGAAAUCUACUUCCAAGGGUCUUUCACUGAUAUGACCACAGGUCAGAUGGAGUGGAUGGUGGAACUAUGUGGAGCGAGAGUAGUGAAGGACCCACUCUUUUUCACGGAUAAACGGAAGUCCCAUCAAGUUGUUAUCGUACAGCCUGGUUCAGACUUAUCAGAAGUGAUUAGCUACAAAGGACGCCAGAGAAAUGCUACCGUGGUGACCCGUGGUUGGCUACUUGAUACCGUGGCGACCUACACCAUCCAGAGCUUUGAAAACUACAAAACAUAAUCCCUAGCCUUCCCUCUAAGCUUUGAGCCUUGUACACCUUGCCAACUUUGUGUAACCUGGGAGACUUUCUACUUCCUCCCAGGCAGGUCUGUGGUCAGGCCUGAAUUUCUCCCCUGGACUAUUCCUUCUCGGACUUCAAAAGAAAGGCCAUCUCUUCACAUUAAAACGCCUCCUAUGGGUUCCAGUCACACCCUGUCUGUUAUUGAAGACGGACCUGGUGUUGUACGCUUUCUGCUCCCACUAGCCUGUAUCCAUUUUCAUUUCUCUACCAACAUGCAUGAUCAAGCCCCUCACUACUACGUGCAAUUGCAGCACUUUAAUCUAUUUUCUUUAACCCCCCCUUCUGUUAUUGACUUACCUUCUUGAAGUUACUUUUUAUAUUUGUAAUGUGAUUAAAAUAUAUGCUGUACCUAAAAAUUUGAAUUUCUUGAAAAAGUCUUCAGUGGUCUGAUUUCAUCCUGUGACAGGAAACUGAUGACCCAAAGAAAGGUAUGUUUGCAUAAGUUAUGAUGCAGACAUGCAUGUGCACAAACACACGCACACACACACACCCAUACAUUU